GCACAUUUAUCUAUCCUGCUGGUUCUGGUACUUCUGGUUAGUCCGCACUGUCCGCAGUCGCACUUCGCAGUUAGUUACGUGUAGUCGUUUUACUGUCAAUCGUCACGUCGUACGUUGCCAGUCAUUCGUGAGUAAUUGUGAAUGUUUCUGCCGAGAUGUACCGUUAAACCAAAGAACAAAAUACGCAUUUCUAUUCUUUUUAUUCAAGAUAUGCGGAAUCGCACGGCAUUUAUUGCGCGCGUGAAUUGUACAGAAGUGUCUAUUGUUUGAGAACGAGGGACCAGGCCGAGCAGGUUUAUAUGAUUCCGUGAGGGACCAAGCUUAAUAAGUAUUUCUCAAUCUCUCGAUUCAAACAGCUUGAAUUAUUCCAAGAGAAUAGCAAUCAUGUGGAAACCCUUCGAACAUGGCAGUUCGCCCGUAGAUUGGUGUGAGCGCAACUACAACAUCUCUCCUAGCAUCGCCGAGUUUAUGAAUACGUUGAGCAAUGUGGUCUUCGUGUUGCUUCCACCCGUGCUCAUGCACCUAUUUAGAGACUAUGCACGCUUUGUGAAUCCAGGAAUUCAUGUGUUCUGGUUUUUACUGAUGAUAGUCGGACUUACUAGCGCGUAUUUUCACGCUACUCUGUCCUUGAUAGGUCAACUAUUAGAUGAAUUGUCUAUUUUGUGGGUGUAUAUGGCAGGCUUCUGUAUGUUCUUUCCCAGAAGAUAUUUCCCCAAUGUCGUACAUAAUGACAGAAAGCUCUUCUCUAUAUGCGCAACGUUGCCCACUCUAAUCGCCACUGGCUUGGCCUUGAUACAUCCGGCUGUAAAUGCUUUCGCAUUGAUGAGCCUGGGUGUACCGGCGAUUGGAUUCUUGAUCAUGGAACUGAAGAGGACUACCUCGGUAAGAGUGUACAGACUAGGAUUGCGAUGCGGAGUCAUGUGGAUACUAGCGGUGGUCUGUUGGCUAAACGAUCGUCUGUUCUGCGAUACCUGGCUGAAUCUAAACUUCCCAUAUCUCCAUGCAUUGUGGCAUUUGUUUAUCUUCAUUGCGAGUUACACUGCGGCGGUGCUCUUUGCGUAUUUCGCCGUGCAAGAUGAGAAGCCGCAGCAAUCUCCAGUGCUCAAAUAUUGGCCCAGGGACAACUUUGAACUCGGUAUACCAUACGUAACUAUUCGAAGUUAUAUCAAGUCGAGUUACAAUAUGAAUAUAUAGCUCUUAUAAUAAUUUCGAGAGCAUUAAUAUUGUAAUGCAUUAUUAUUUAUUACGCAAUAGUAUACUUAAUACAACUAUAGCAAUAUUUAGCGUUUAAAUGCGCAGAUGUUUAACAUGGUGUCCCGUGAUUUAUAUAAACAUUAAUUUUAUCAU